AAUGUACACAUACUUGACCCACUCUCUGCUAUCCAUCCGUUUUUCUACCUAAAACCUACUCCAUUUAAUUAUACAUUUACUCCAUGUAACUCUCACCCAUGAGUAUUUGACUAUAAAAAAAGUUGGCAUGUUUACUUCCUCCGAUCCACAUCUCACUUCCGGAUAGAAUCAAAAGCUUAUCUGCAAGUAUUUGUUUGUGAGAUGCACAAUUAUUGGAGUUCAUGUUGGUCCUUCAAUAAGGAUUAAAAUGGAUUUGAGAAAUGGACGUCUUUGGAUGUAUAAUCGAGUCAAACCAGGAAGAAAGGGAUUGAUAGAUGAAUUUAAAGUUGGGGUAGAACAAUUUGUGAACUUUGCUUGCACACAAGCAGUAUUUGUUGAGAAUGGUGUAAUUAGAUGCCCGUGUACCAAAUGUAGAAAUCAAAGCUACAAGAAUCCUGAAGAUGUAAAAGUCGACCUUUAUAAAUGGGGCUUCGAAUCAAACUAUUGGCACUGGACAUGUCAUGGGGAAGAGAUCCCACAUUUCACUCAAAGUGUGAAUGAUGUGUCACAUAUCGGGGAUGAAGGGAAUGACAUGUACGAAACAAUGGUACAUGAUAGUUUUGGGAUGAGCUCAACACCUAAUCAUCAAAAUGGAGAGUCUGAAGGGCCACAUGAAAGUGCCCAGAAGUUUUAUGACUUACUUGAUUCUGCACGACAACCAUUAUGGUCAGGAUGUACUACAGAUACUGAAUUAUCAUUUACAUUGAAGAUGAUGAGUAUAAAAGCAUCAUAUAACAUUGCACAGAAGGCAAUGGAUGAGAUGUUAGAUGCAUGUAGUCGAGCAAUGCCACAACCAAAUAAAGUACCGUCCAAUUUUUAUCAAGCAGAGAAAUUGGUCUCGAAACUUGGUCUCGGUCAUGUGAAAAUCGAUUGUUGUAUUAACGGUUGCAUGUUGUAUUACAAAGAGGAUAUUGAAAUGGGAAUGUGCAAAUUUUGUGGUGAGCCACGGUACAAAGAAAGUACAAUGAAUGAUAACAUACCCACUCACGAGAUGUAUAAAUGUUGGGUUUGUAUCAUAUCAACACUCCUCAAUCUAAAACUCUACAAGCUUUGCAGAUGGUUAGAACUACUAAUGGUGGACAAACUGGGAACAACUCAAGGCAAAUAACUUUGCCACCGCCUCUUAAUACAGAACGCUUCUGGCUUCCACGUGAUAGUAGACCAUUCAACCCACCUCCACCAAAUAAUACAAGUUCUUCAAGCGGUUCUUUAUCGAAUCAACCAGAAUCUCCAAAUAGCACAUCUACCUUGAGUGAGCCAAACCCAUCUCCAUGCUCAAAUGUUAAGAAGGAGAUUGUUCCUGAAUGCAAAACUGGGUAACAUAAAAAAGUAUUUUUAAUAAAUUUUACUUCAUAUAAGUUGGAUUGUAAUGUUGAUAUUUUAUAUUUCUUGAUGGCAUUCUGAAAUUUUUAAUUGUCAUAUUUAAUUCUACAUGAAAUGGUAAACACAGAUGCCUAUGAAUUGUUUAUUAAUGCUGCAACAGAUUCAUUCCAUGCUCAACGAACAGAUAUGUUAUGCCAUGCCUAAAGAAAAAAUUUGACGAGCCAAUUCUCUCUUAUACUGAAGCUUCGCCCGAAUUAAAAAAUAUUUGGCUGAAUUUAUUUAAGGAAAGGUAUACAUGGAGGCCGGAACAUAAUUAUCGCAUCUGCAAAAACUUUAAUAGUAAAGGUUCUGCCGGGUUAUCACGUGCUUUGUCUGCUGUCCGAAAGUCAAAAAAACGGCCAAAUUGGAUAAUUAAGUCACUAUGGACUCAAUUGCUUGUCAAAUGGGGUGACAUAAAGUACAUACAAAAGUGUGAAACUAAUCAGAAAAAUAGAAAUUCUGAUGUUGGAAUCACCUUGCACACAGGAGGAUCUAUUCCCCUUGCAGAACAUUGUAGAAGAUAUAACCAGAUAAGAUGUUCUUCCAAACACACACGAAGAAAGAAGACGGUUCAUUUGUGACCCCCAAAGCUCAGAAAGUCUAUGAAUCGUUUGAGGAACUGAAGUCAAAAGACACAAAUGCUAAUGCUAAAGAGUUGUUGGAGGCCGCUGGCGGACAUACAAAGGGUGGAAGAGUAUCAGGUUUUGAUUCAGCUAGCGAUUUCUACUUCCCAAGCACAUCUACUUCUGAAGUUCCUUCACAGCAACCGUCAUAUGAUGACACUGUAUGGAAACACCGUUUGGCUGAAGUUGAAAGGUCCAACAUUGAGCUUAGAGAAUCAAACAAAGAGCUGAUGGAGUUUAAGGAAUCUGCAUCAGUUACUAUUGAAAAAUUGCAACGCUCUAUGAAUAUGCAUCAACAAUCAGCACAAGGUACCUUUACGAAUAUGUUUCCAUCCCAAAGUAUACAUCACAGUUCCGUCAUGGGUUUUCUUCCUCACCAGCAACCUAGCUACAUUAAUGUCCUUCCUCAACAACCUCAAUUUGGGCCCUUCAUGAGUAUGCUAAUGCCACAAACUUCACAAGGCUUCAAUAUGAAGAAUAAUGGCCCUAAUCAGGAAGACAAUGCAUGCCAAGACGAGGAAGAUGAACAUGUUUAGUCUUUGUAUUUCAAACCAAAUAUAUGUUGUUUUUGUGAUUCAGUAUGUGCUUGUUAGUUGUUAUUGUGUUGAAUAUUGACUUCAUGAUUAUAUUUUGGAUUUCGUUGAGUUAAAAUAUGCAAUUGCUAUUGUUUACUGC